AUGCCCGCGACGCCCAUGAAGCUCCGGCUGCGGAGCCAAGCCCAUGCGGACAACAUCACGAAGCGAGGCCACGUGGCGUCCAGCGCUCGGGGACCACGCGACGCUGGGUACCGGGUUGGCCCGAUGCUGCUCGGCUUCUUCGUCUUUGUCAUUGUCGGAUCGUCUUUGCUCCAGAUUCUGCGCGCCGUCCAAGGCACGGGGCCUCUCUGA